UCACAAAAACUGAUAAAGAAGGCAGUUGAUUUUGGUCACAUUGUACCAAUGAAACAAACUCCUUUAGACCCAGCUGUUGGAAUUAUAAGAAUUAUUACAUUACAUAAACAACUACUGGAUUUACACGAGACUAUUUGGGACAGCAGUGGGGCAAGUAACAGUACACCCAAAACGACUGCUUACUCAUACCUAACCUGUUAUGACACUGGAUCUCCAAACAUACCCACCACAUGCGAAUGGGCAAGAAAGACGGAAAGCAAUGUGGGAAGGUGCACAUCUGUAUACAGGUCAAAAGAAUGGACCAUUUUGAAACGUGUCCAGACAUCUUGUGACUCCAAAAAAAGAGAUGCUUUCUAAAGGUGCUGACCAUCUGGUUUUGCUGUACUGGUAGAGAUGACACGGGAACAAUACAUACUGGCAGCACAGCAGAACAAUCUUCAAAGAGCGGAAACUCCUCAAUUCUAUCCUGUUGGUAUUUAUGGAUGGAGAAAGCGUUGUUUGUACUUCUUUGUCCUUCUACUGCUAGUUAUAAUGAUUGUUAAUUUAGCAUUGACAAUAUGGAUUCUGAAGGUCAUGAACUUCACAGUGGACGGCAUGGGGAACCUUAGAGUUACAAAGAAAGGAAUACGACUAGAAGGUGUGUCAGAGUUUCUCCUUCCACUGUAUGUGAAAGAGAUACACUCACAAAAGGACAGUCCAUUGAUAUUACAGUCAGACAGAAAUGUCACACUUAAUGCAAGAAAUCAUCUUGGGCAGCUAACAGGACAGCUCACAGUAGGAUCACAAGCUGUUGAAGCACAGUGUAAAAGAUUCGAGGUGAGAUCGAGUGAAAGUGGGAAGGUGCUAUUUGCUGCAGAUGAAGAUGAAAUUACAAUUGGUUCUGACAGACUGAAGGUGACAGGUACAGAAGGGGUUGUAUUUGACCACUCUGUGGAAACACCAUAUAUUAGAGCAGAACCCUCUCAAGAUCUCAGGUUGGAGUCUCCUACUCGCUCGCUGACAAUGGAAGCCCCUAAGGGAGUACAAAUUAGUGCAGAAGCAGGGGAUUUCAAGGCAACCUGUCGAAAAGAGCUACAUCUUCAGUCAACAGAAGGAGAAAUAUUUUUAAAUGCAAAUACAAUCCGCUUAGGAAAUCUACCACAAGCUUCCUUCUCUUCUUCACCAACAACUGCAACCACUCCACGACAAACUGUGUAUGAAAUAUGUGUCUGCCCCAAUGGCAAACUGUACCUUUCUCCAGCGGGGGCAGCUUCUACAUGUCAGACAAGCAGUAGCAUUUGUUUAUGGAGCUGAAGGGGGCUGAAAUUCUAGUUCUAUGCUACACCAGAAAAGCCUUUUGUUAUAGCCACUCCUUUUCACAGUCCUGAUACCUUUCAUAUGCGAUAAAUCAGAAACUAUCGACUGUCAUAUGAGCCAAUUCUUCCAGUGCAAGCAAGCAUCUGACAGAAUACUGCCUCAUGGAUUAGGGUCUGCUGGUACAGUGUGCAGAAUCAUGGCUUUAAACACUAUAUAUGGAUCCUAAUAUCAACGAUUCUAGACAAAAGUGAGAAAUACAUAGGUGCCUUUGCUGCAAAUGGUGAAGCACAUAGAUUUAAAUUUUUGAUGGCCCAGGGUGUUUUAAACCACAUAUGUAGUUAACACCUCAGAUGGAUAACUGAACCUAUACAGUCAUGCUCAGAGUCAGGUUCCAGGAUUCCUGCCAUAUCAGUCCAUUUAUGGAGGGAAGAUCUUUAUGGAUUCCUCAAGGCCAUAUCUCUGAACCUGUGUAUUGUUCUGCAGUGUUUCCAGCUGCACAACAGUUCAUGCAGCCACAUAACCUUGGGCAUAUAUCUGUAAUCUAUAUUAUGGAAAACACCAGUAUGAAAAAGUUGGCAACACUUCAGGGUGUUGUAUUUUCAGAAGAAAUGUAUGAUGAGCAAAACCAUAUGACUUUAAGUAUUACAACUAACUGAAGCAGUGCACAUUUAUAUAGUAUUAUAAAUACACCAUUAGCCAUGGUGAAACCUGAUGAUGGACAUAGCUAGAGAUCUUGUAAAAUACAUUUAUUUAAAUAUUACAAAAAGCACAAUGUUUAAUUAAACUUUUUUAGGUGUUUCAAUUUUU